AUGGAGGGCAUCAAAGAUGGAAAGCGGCGAUUUGCCCCCAUACCGAUAGAGACGACGUUCCAGCAGAUUCGAAGACCUGGUCCAGUGGGCGAGCUGACACCAGAUCCCUCACCCGAGCCCUCUCCGAGAUCUCCUCAACAUACCGUUACCUUUGAGACCUCGACACAAAAUGACUGCCGUAAAGAGAGGAGGCGCUUUGCGCCCCAGCUCAUUGACUCGUCACGACGAUCAAGAAGGAUGGGAGACAUGGGACCGGCGACUAGACCUACCGACAAGACCGACAUCGUACCCCACCACCACCAUAUAUACUCGGUGCACCGCAGCAAAAAGCGGCACCACCGGAUCACGGACUUGUCGAGGAGGGAAUCAUGCGACGAAGAGACGGCCGACCACAUGUUUGACCUGGCCAAGAAGGAGAUUGAGAAGCGGCUGCAGGAGAUAGCGCUUUCGGCCUUUCCCAACAGUAGCGCCAGGAUAGGAGGAGCUGAGCAUUUCGUCGUUGACGAGGGUUCUGAGGAUGAGAACGAGCUGGAUCCUCGCGGCCGGCCGCAGUUGAGGCUCUUGGGAACCGAGCGUCCCAAGCGAGACUCGACCGACGAGGAUAUGAACUGGCACGUUAAGGAGGCUCAGAAUGCAGCCAAUCGCCGGGCAAGAACUCGGGUUGACACUAAGGAUCUCGACCUGAUGGAGCUGGACAGCCCGCCGCCCGACACCAUGUUCCUGACUUCAAGCCGCAAGCAGACACCCAGUCCGGGCCCUUCACCUUUCAUGAGGGGACCUAUCGGUGAGACUCACAUGCCACUCGUUAGCCACAGUCCAUUGAAGCCCAUUGGAGAGACGCCAGCUCCUUCGCAAUCGCCGCCCCCUAUACAGCCCAUUGGAGAGUUCCAGAUGCCUUAUAUCCCCUCAGCACCACCGGGCAGGGCGGGCGACAUGCCAUUCAUUCCCGCAGAGACGGGUUUCCAACGCCAUGGCGGCGGUCGUCCCUUUGGGGCAGGCUUUAGAAGAGACAUGCCGUCAUCUGAGAGGAACCUCGAACAGCUCCGCCUGCGCAGCCCGCCAAUGCUGGGUAAGGAUAUCACAUUCCGCAUGUGUCCCUCACCCAAGCGCACAAAGAUGGAGCCCGAUCAUCUUUGGGCAAGAAUUCCCGAAGCUUCGAACAGGGAUCCCUCGGGAACCAAGGGUCUAUGGCGCGGAUACUGCUACACUUCGGAGGCGGAGGCGGGCACGGCACUCGCCUCGGUGGCGCGUCCCGCCAUGUUACAGACCCCGAGCGUAGUCAGUUCAGCAGCCACAGACCCGUUCUCAGCCGCUUUUGGCACAUUUGACACCAUUUCUACGGUGUUGAGCGAGGAGCCCACCCCCAUUGCCUCACCCAAGGGCACGCAAUCAGCCGGCCCUGCGUCGCUGAAGCUCCCCAAGCCGGCUGCCACGGUACCGCCCGCUUCUAGUAACACGAACAGGCGGAGUGCCGAAGCCAAGGGCAUUCACAUGCUAGCGGGUCUCGAGGAAAGGCUGCGAAAGGAGAAGGCGGCUGCCGAUCUGAAUGAGCAGAUCCAGGCCGAGUUUACGGACCACUUCGUGACGCAGGUAUAUAAUUACCUCAGCUUAGGAUAUCCAGCAAUGGCACGUGUGUACGACGAGGAGCUGUCCAAGAUCUCCAGGAUCGACAUUCAUGAGCUACAACGCAAUGACUCGGAGCUCAUGGACUGUAUGGUUGACAUGGCCAGUGGGGGUGACGGCAAGAAGAAGGGUGCCAAUGGCCACAUUCGAUUGACUGAGGACGACGAUACCAAGGAGCAAGAUAGAUGCCCGCGGUGGAAGGCCCUCAAGCUGUACAUUCACGAGUGGGCGCGUCAACAUCCUGACUUGGAUAGUAUUAGUCCGCUGGCUUGGGGUGUGAGAGAGAGACGUGGUAGCUGGGGCAUCUGA